AAAGUCUAAUGAAUUAUGAAGAAAUUAUUAGAUACAUUGUUUUCCAACAAUGUUAAGCCCUUUCCGCAGAAAAGAUCCAUUCCAGAAUUUAGUAUAAUCAAACGCCUACUUGAUCCUGAUGAAAAGAAAAUGGCGGCUGCUUCAAAUGUCACAAAAUCCAAGAAAUUUAAGAAAAAGUUAGACCAACUUGGUUGUCCGUACACAGAAGGAGUUGAGGAUUCAUGGAUUUCAGAGCUUAUUUUCAAACCAGGGGAGGCCAGAAUUCGACUGCUACAGUGGCUGUUCUCUAAAUUUGAUUCCAAGUUGAAUGAGAUACUUGAUCCACAGUAUGCCUCAGUCGAAUCAAAAAUGGAUUCUCGUAUUCAAAGGCUGCUGUUUGUUGCGUCUAAUCUAGGUCUGUGUAGAUAUGAUGAUGUGGAUCUAAUACGGGGUGUGGUGCCAGCCACAAGACAGUCUGCCUUCAUGGAGCAUCUGAUUGACCUUGUAUAUAUAGUAGAUACAGCAGAGGAUCCUAAGAAUAAACUGUUCAGGGAAGCUGGAGUGGUGAGUGAAGCAAUGCCACUAGAAGAACAGCUAUCACAUGAUUGCGCUUACUUGAAUGCAUUAUGUAGUCAAGGCAAGAUAGAUGCCAUAUUUGCUACAAAGUUGUCAUUGUUGCCUCCAGAUCUACAAAAACAGGUGGAAUCAAGGUGGAGCCAGACAGGAAAGUCUGCUGAUAAAGCCCCAAAACCUGAUUUACAGGGAAUAGAGGCUGCAGCCAUUCAGCUUGGAGAUGACAUGGCCAGGCAGAAUGAAUUACUCCAGGAGUUAAAGAAACAUCAUGAUUAUCAACCAACCGAGGACUCCAAGCUGGAAACCAUUUGUAGAACAAUAAGCCUAGUACUGUCUGAACUCUCGCAGCUGGUUACCGGCUUCACUUUCUGUUAUGAGAAUGAAAUGAAACACUGGUGUAACAAGUCUCCACCAAAUCUCACACAGCUGGGUCCAGCAUUUAAAAGAGUUCAUAGAUUACUGCAGCAGUUUGUUCAGUUACUCCAGAAUUUACGAGCAAUCAGAGCAUCAUAUACGUCACUCAAUAGAAACACAGCAGAAGUAUUACCGCAGAUUGGCAGACAACAUGAUGCUUCCCUUACAUUAGUUGGUGUGGGAGAGGAGGCCUUGAACAGUUUGCAAGAUGUUGUUGAUGUUUUGGAAGAGUCCAUUCAACACUCAGAGGUAGUAUCUAGCGCACAGACCACCCCAAGAAGCAUACGAUCUCGGACAUCACAAAUCCUCAGUGCUCAAGCAUCACCAAGAAGUGUACGGUCCCAGGCUUCAAAAGCUUCAACCCUGAAAAUGUAAGGUUGGACAAUAAUUUCUUUCCUUGGGACAGUGAACAUUGAUUUGUGUGACAGCACCAUGGUAAUAAACAUUUAAAACUGGACAUCUGUGAUAAGAGAAAUUGUGGAAAGUCUGUACAGUUCAUACCAUGAACAGGAAGGAUAUAUAUGUGCUGUACUUUCAGAUAAUAUAAAGGUCCUUGUUUAAGAAUGUUAAAUAUGUGUGCAUGAACACUUAACUCAGUAUGUGAUAAGGAGAUAUACAAGUUCAGGAAGUGAAACUAGAAACCACCGACUGUGUGUGAAGGAAGUGGUUUUGCAAGGCAAUAGGAGUGCACCAAUAGAAAUAAAUGGAUAAUUCUUAUAUUGUGUCCCUGCACUGUCCAUUUACAAUGAAGAUAUGUUUUAGAUUUGAUGCGAACCAAUAAAAAAGCAAGAUAGAGCAUAUUUAAUAAAUUUCUGCACAGUUUCUGAUUGCCAAUCUAUAUAAGAAAAACUGAUCUUGUAAAGGAAUUUCCAAUGGAAAAAAAGUAGUUAAUACUGUCUUUCAGAAGUUUACAACACAUUUAUGACACCAUUCUUCUGUGUAUGCAGGAACAGUUAAACAUUGACCGAAACAGAUUGCUUAUAUAUCUUAAAGCAGCAUGCCUCCAGAUUUGGCUAAAAAAAAUAAUCUUUCUUUCAAAUUGAAGUUUGGUCAUAUUAUGAACAUUAGAAUAUGAAUUUUUUUUUCUAAAAUAUUUUAAAAGUUCCAAAUCAAGAAAAAAAGAUGACCACGUCUGGAAUCGAACCCCGUACCACCGCGGCAAUAAAAUCAUUUUCCCAUCGUCGUAACCAUUAGCGCUAUAGCUGAAGUAGUGAUUAAUGACUUCAAAAUAUAGAUAUUUAUAAUCAAGACAGUUUCAUCGUAAAAAGUAGUAAAAACAGCAAAUUCUCGUGUUUCCGUAACAUAAAGUUUGUCAGUAAUUAAGUUUUAAAGUCUUCUUAAGAAAUAUAGCAUUUAUUUCAAGAUAUCUAAAAAAAAAAAUAUUUUUUUGUUGUCAAACGAUCUGGAGGCAUGCCACUUUAAACAGGAACACCUUCAUACUUCAGAAAGUAAAACCUGAUUCAGUGAGUUCUUUUUCUAUCCCAUGUAAUCUGUAGUCUAAAAUAACCUUUUCAUUGUUUUUAUAUGUUGAUAUAGAAUUUAUCUAUACUCUAUACAGACAAACUUCAACCUGCCAUAGCAGCCACACUUUAACUUUGCAAACACUUCCCUCCAGCAGCCUGUUUUGCUGACUUCAAAAAUACAGGUUUGACUGUUUCUUAUUUAUAGGAUAUCAAACAAAUAAUGUCGGUUUAUGAUAAUGUUUUUUUUUUUAUUUUAUCAUGUUUAUAGAUACUGCAAUAAACAAAAAAAGUUAACUAAGUAAAAAUACAUGGACAGACUGAAACUAAAUGGUUGUAACAAACAGAUUUGCGAUAUAACCGAUUAUAUCAACUUUUGUUCUGCCUGUAUUAGUUGUAUUUCAAUAUAAAGGGAAGUAAUUUACUGACUUUUUAACUUUCAAGAAACAAUUCAGCUACCAUGAUGACAUUUAUAUCAAUGUAUUUCUUGUAGAAUUUUAUUCUGUGGUGUAUUUACUCAUUAUGGACAGUUUCAUUUGACAAGUAUUAGUGUUUUUACAUAAACAAGCAGCAUUUUUUUCACCCAGGCUGUGUAUAAAGUAUGCACUUAUAUUUGUAAAAUGUUAAUGAGAAAACAGCUCAUUGCAAGCUGGGACUGCAGUCAAAGUCUUAUUUAUAUUUUAAAGACUGCUAUUUAAUAAAACUAUACAAAGAAA